AUGGGGUGCCGCGACAGACAAAUGGAGAUACCAGUUGAAGUAGGACCUUCGUGGCACAAGAUCUUGCCUCAAGCGGCUCUGUACUGUUUGUUCAAAGCAAGCCCCUCUCGUUCAUGGUCGCUUGUCUUCGGAUUCAAUACUGUCGAUAAAACCUUACCAUCUCUUAUUUUCCAUCGCGGUGGUUGCAUCCCUUCAACAGAUCUGAUCCUUGCUACAGACCCAGGACGGAAAGAGGCAUAUCGACUGAUCCUCACGAUGACUGAGGAUUACCACGCUGGCUUUUGCUGCUUCUCCACCGACGAGGAGUACGCAAUUUCUGGUCGCCAAGGCGGCCCGACAUUGACGGUUCAAGUGCAGAAGAAACUGCAUCACUCGCUUGGUGUCUGUACUCGUGGAACCCUUGUUAUUGUAUCGAAGGUGCGACAGCGCCAUUGGAUCCACACCAGCUCUUGUAGCUGCCACUCAGACGUCGUCAGUCAGGCUAGCGAAUACACCAUUGUCAAAAGACUGCCCAGCAACGGCUCAGCCAAAGACUGGGAGCAAGCGCAAAUAGGACGGGGAUCAUGGGACGACCUCACGGAAAAUCCUCGCACAGUUCUUUGCACCCCCCAAUGCUUCAGAACUUGCAGAGAUUGCACUAACUUGUACAUUGAACUACUGAAGGUCCGUCAAAGGCGACUCCUCACUGCUACUUCCGGUCUCCUUGUUUCGAAUCGCAUCUUUUUACCUGGCGAAGAAGAAUCUCAAUACAAGGAUGUAUGGGUGGGAAGUGUGGUAGAGAACAAAGUGGUAGUACGUUGCUCGCCACUCCUUGAAUCGGUGAGCCAUGCUUUGCUCGGAUGGCUGGUGUACUACCAGAAUAGUUUCAUGCACCCAGAUGUCAGUAUCGGGAAUGUCCUCCGACUGGAGCCUGGGCCAGCAAUGAAGACAAUCGACAUUAUAGAUCCUUUUUCAGUAACAGAUGCAUCGCUGAAAGAGCAUGAACAACUGGGGAUCAGCAGCGAAUGCAAGGGUAUCUUGAUAGAUGGCGAUAUGGCCACCAAUUGGAAGAUUUAUCUUGACAAAGACCAUGACUCGCACUCACCAUCAGGUACUGAUGGAUUCAUGUCCAUGGAUCUCCUGUGGGCUUUUGAAGACGGUCUUGAAUAUUUGCAAUCGCCUGUGGAUGACAUACAUUCGUUCUUCUGGAUUUCAGGACGAAAGCGGUGGGCAGAACGCGCCGCAGUGAAAGAAGAUAUAGCAAGAUUAUUUUUUUCGUUCACCCAUCCCCGAAGCCCGAUUGCAGAACAGCCGAACUCAUUCCUAUCCCAAUGGCUCUCUCAAAAUGAAGCGUUACAAGACGAUUGGUACCUUGCCAGAAACUCUGCCGAUCUCCACGACAAGAAGGAAUGGUAUAUCACACACUUCGACCUGUUCGCUUACCGCGGUGUAUGCGAAACAUGGAGAUUGAUUCUGCAACACCGCGAGGAGUCGGAUCAUUCAAAACCCCCAACCUGA